CACCAAUCCACACACCGCUCUGAUAAUCCACUGAUCAAUCAUGCCUUUGGUGAGCUUGUUUGGGUCGAAGGGGAGGCUGGUGCUGAGCGCUCUCCUUGUUUGUGCUCUAAUCUUGGAGUUAGCUUGUUGUCAAAAAGAUGCCCAAGAACAGAGGCCCACACCAGGGAGGAAGCCCAAGCCGAACACACCUAAACCUGGGAAAUCAACAAAUAAAGGGCCCAGAGCUUUUACACCCAAACCCAAGAUCAAAGCUACACCUGCAACCCAGGCACAGACCUUCCUCACACAGGUGUUAAACAAAGGGAAGUUUAAGAAGGUGGGAGAAACUAUAAGCGUGCAGACAGGAGAUACUCUGGAGCUAAGGUGCAGGGGCAACCCUGUGCAGUGGAGCGUCCCCUCAUACCUGGACGAGGACGAUGAUGGAAGGCUCAGGACUGUCCAACAUGAGCGAUACGGCCUUCUGACAUUGGUCAACACAACUGGCGCAGACACAGGGGAGUACACCUGUUAUCCCAUGUACUGUGAAGACACAGACUGCAGGAAGGAGUAUGGAAAAGCUGUCAAGGUCUUCGUCUUCUUUCCCGACCCACAAGAACUAUUUGUUCCGUCGUCUGACUACUAUGAAGUGAUUCAGCUGAGAACCAACUGGCCAACGGUCCUCCCCUGCCAGGUGACCUCACCUGAGGCCAAAGUAACCCUGCACCGCGAGUUUCCACCGGUGGAGGUGGCGGUGGAUGGGACGGAGAUCUCCUUUAAUGUCAGGAAGGGCUUCACCAUCCAUCGGCCCCGGCCUUAUCACGCCGGAGCCUUGUACUGUGUGGCCAGUCUGGGCAACCUGAGGCAGAGCUCCACCAAGUACAUGCUCAUCUACGUCAACUACCCAAUGGCUCCUCCUGCCCCAGUGAUCCAGGCCUCAUCGAGUUCAGUGGCUAUCGGGGAAAACCUGCGUGUCAGCUGCAUCGUGUUGGGAGAACAGGAUGUGGCUGUGGAGUUCACCUGGGAAUACCCAGGACAGCAGAUUGGGAGGCCUCUGUACACACAGGAGAGCAUCGGUCCAGUCGGAGGAGGAGCAGCUCGACAGCAGUCUCAGUCUGUUCUCCUGGUGGAUGAGGUGAGGAACGUGGACCAGGGAACAUACACCUGCACCGCUCAGAAUCUGCAAGGAGCCAAAUCAGUAUCCACCACCGUUAAAGUGGUCCCCAAGGCAAAACCUAAGAAACCAUGACCCGCCACAGCUGUAUGACGACGAGAAAAGGAGGGUGGAGAUCAUCCCUCUGUCACAGUAUUAGUUACAAGUAUUUUAUCACCUCUGAAAAGCUGCUGUAAUCACAACAAAAGGUGUUUUCCUCUGAAAUUAUUAAGACACACAGCACUGUUACAAUCAUAACAGAGAUGUUUAGAUGAAUGUAUGCUGUAUAGCUUGUAUAUUGAAUAUUAUA